AGGCCCAAGUGACCUUCAGACGGCAGAAUGAAUGACUGGCACAGGAUCUUUGCACAAAACGUACUUGUCCCUCCCCACCCACAGAGGGCACGCCAGCUUUCGAAAGAAUCAACAGCAUUUCAGUGUGUCCUGAAGUGGCUUGAGGGACCGCUAAUUAAACAGGGUAUGCUGGAAGUGCUGUCCCAGGUGGAGUGCCAUCUUCGAGUGUCUUUCUUUGAUGUCACCUACCGACACUUUUUUGGGAGGACGUGGAAAUCCACAGUGAAGCCAACCAAGCAGCUCUCGAGGCAGCUGUCCAGGAUCGUCUUCAAUGAGCCCUUGUAUUUUCAUACGUCCUUAAAUCACCCUAAUAUCGUGGCUGUGGUAGAAGUGGUCACCGAAGGCAAGAAACAGGAUGGGACUCUCCAAACAUUGUCAUGUGGGUUUGGAAUUCUUCAGAUCUUCAGCAACAAGCCAGAAUCCCCUACCUGCGCUUCCCAGGACAAACGGUUGAGGCUGUACCAUGGCACCCCCAGAGCCCUCCUGCAUCCGCUCCUCCAGGACCCUGUAGAACAAAACAGACACAUGACGCUCAUUGAGAACUGCAGCCUGCAAUACAGCCUGAAGCCACACCCGGCCCUGGAGCCCGCCUUCCCCCUGCUUCCCGAGAACCUCCUGAUGUCUGGUCUGCAGCAGGUCCCCGGCCUCCUUCCAGCUCCUGGAGACACAGGUGAUGCCCUCCGAAAGCCUCGCCUUCAGAAGUCUGUCACAUGGUACUUAGACGAUUUAUUCUUCACCCUGUAUCCCUCCCUUGAGAAGUUUGAAGAAGAGCUUCUGGAACUCCUUAUCAGUGACCACUUCCGGGAGGGCGGCGGUGUACUGGACAGUGGCGCCCUGGAGAUCCUGGAGCGGCGCCUGCACGUGGGCGUGCACAAUGGUCUGGGCUUUGUGCAGAGGCCUCAGGUCGUCGUUCUGGUGCCUGAGAUGGACGUGGCCUUGACGCGCUCAGCCAGCUUCAGCAGGAAAGUGGGGUCCUCUUCGAAGACCAGCUCUGGAAACCAGGCUCUAGUUUUGAGGAGCCGCCUGCGCCUCCCCGAGAUGGUGAAGCACCCGGCGUUCGCAGUCGUCUUUCAGCUGGAGUAUGUGUUUAACAGUCCUUCAGGAGUGGAUGGCAACGUAAGAACGAUCAUCGUGUGUUCAGGUUUCAUCUGGUGAUGGGCUCUGGGUGGUUAGGAUAAGCAUGGUUGGCAUUCACAUUUUUUUUCCCAUUAAAA